ACAGACAGAGACCUGGAGGGUAAACAACACCUACAGACAGAGACCUGGAGGGUAAACAACACCAACAGACAGAGACCUGGAGGGUAAACAACACCUACAGACAGACAGAGACCUGGAGGAUAAACAACACCAACAGACAGAGAACUGGAGGAUAAACAACAUCGACAGACAGACAGAGACCUGGAGGGUAAACAACACCAACAGACAGACAGAGACCUGGAGGAUAAACAACACCAACAGACAGAGACCUGGAGGAUAAACAACACCGACAGACAGAGACCUGGAGGAUAAACAACACCAACAGACAGAGACCUGGAUGGUAAACAACACCAACAGACAGAGACCUGGAGGAUAAACAACACCAACAGACAGAGACCUGGAGGAUAAACAACACCAACAGACAGAGACCUGGAGGGUAAACAACACCAACAGACAGAGACCUGGAGGAUAAACAACACCUAUAGACAGAGACCUGGAGGAUAAACAACACCAACAGACAGAGAACUGGAGGAUAAACAACAUCGACAGACAGACAGAGACCUGGAGGGUAAACAACACCAACAGACAGACAGAGACCUGGAGGGUAAACAACACCUACAGACAGAGACCUGGAGGGUAAACAACACCUACAGACAGAGACCUGGAGGAUAAACAACACCAACAGAAAGACAGAGACCUGGAGGAUAAACAACACCAACAGACAGACAGAGACCUGGAGGGUAAACAACACCAACAGACAGAGACCUGGAGGAUAAACAACACCAACAGACAGAGACCUGGAGGGUAAACAACACCAACAGACAGAGACCUGUAGGGUAAACAACACCAACAGACAGAGACCUGGAGGGUAAACAACACCUACAGACAGACAGAGACCUGGAGGGUAAACAACACCUACAGACAGAGACCUGGAGGAUAAACAACACCAACAGAAAGACAGAGACCUGGAGGAUAAACAACACCAACAGACAGAGACCUGGAGGGUAAACAACACCAACAGAAAGACAGAGAACUGGAGGAUAAACAACACCAACAGACAGACAGAGACCUGGAGGGUAAACAACACCAACAGACAGACAGAGACCUGGAGGGUAAACAACACCAACAGACAGACAGAGACCUGGAGGAUAAACAACACCUACAGACAGAGACCUGGAGGGUAAACAACACCAACAGAGACCUGGAGUGUAAACAACACCAUCAGACAGACAGAGACCUGGAGGGUAAACAACACCAACAGACAGAGACCUGGAGGGUAAACAACACCAACAGACAGAGACCUGGAGGGUAAACAACACCAACAGACAGACAGAGACCUGGAGGAUAAACAACACCAACAGACAGAGACCUGGAGUGUAAACAACACCUACAGACAGAGACCUGGAGGGUAAACAACACCUACAGACAGAGACCUGGAGGGUAAACAACACCAACAGACAGAGACCUGGAGGGUAAACAACACCUACAGACAGACAGAGACCUGGAGGAUAAACAACACCAACAGACAGAGAACUGGAGGAUAAACAACAUCGACAGACAGACAGAGACCUGGAGGGUAAACAACACCAACAGACAGACAGAGACCUGGAGGAUAAACAACACCAACAGACAGAGACCUGGAGGAUAAACAACACCGACAGACAGAGACCUGGAGGAUAAACAACACCAACAGACAGAGACCUGGAUGGUAAACAACACCAACAGACAGAGACCUGGAGGAUAAACAACACCAACAGACAGAGACCUGGAGGAUAAACAACACCAACAGACAGAGACCUGGAGGGUAAACAACACCAACAGACAGAGACCUGGAGGAUAAACAACACCUAUAGACAGAGACCUGGAGGAUAAACAACACCAACAGACAGAGAACUGGAGGAUAAACAACAUCGACAGACAGACAGAGACCUGGAGGGUAAACAACACCAACAGACAGACAGAGACCUGGAGGGUAAACAACACCUACAGACAGAGACCUGGAGGGUAAACAACACCUACAGACAGAGACCUGGAGGAUAAACAACACCAACAGAAAGACAGAGACCUGGAGGAUAAACAACACCAACAGACAGACAGAGACCUGGAGGGUAAACAACACCAACAGACAGAGACCUGGAGGAUAAACAACACCAACAGACAGAGACCUGGAGGGUAAACAACACCAACAGACAGAGACCUGUAGGGUAAACAACACCAACAGACAGAGACCUGGAGGGUAAACAACACCUACAGACAGACAGAGACCUGGAGGGUAAACAACACCUACAGACAGAGACCUGGAGGAUAAACAACACCAACAGAAAGACAGAGACCUGGAGGAUAAACAACACCAACAGACAGAGACCUGGAGGGUAAACAACACCAACAGAAAGACAGAGAACUGGAGGAUAAACAACACCAACAGACAGACAGAGACCUGGAGGGUAAACAACACCAACAGACAGACAGAGACCUGGAGGGUAAACAACACCAACAGACAGACAGAGACCUGGAGGAUAAACAACACCUACAGACAGAGACCUGGAGGGUAAACAACACCAACAGAGACCUGGAGUGUAAACAACACCAUCAGACAGACAGAGACCUGGAGGGUAAACAACACCAACAGACAGAGACCUGGAGGGUAAACAACACCAACAGACAGACAGAGACCUGGAGGGUAAACAACACCAACAGACAGAGACCUGGAGGGUAAACAACACCAACAGACAGAGACCUGGAGGGUAAACAACACCAACAGACAGACAGAGACCUGGAGGGUAAACAACACCAACAGACAGAGACCUGGAGGGUAAACAACACCAACAGACAGAGACCUGGAGGGUAAACAACACCAACAGAGACCUGGAGUGUAAACAACACCAUCAGACAGACAGAGACCUGGAGGGUAAACAACACCAACAGACAGACAGAGACCUGGAGGGUAAACAACACCAACAGACAGAGACCUGGAGGGUAAACAACACCAACAGACAGACAGAGACCUGGAGGGUAAACAACACCAACAGACAGACAGAGACCUGGAGGGUAAACAACACCUACAGACAGAGACCUGGAGGAUAAACAACACCUACAGACAGACAGAGACCUGGAGGGGCAGUAUGGAGAGAGGACCUAGCAGCAGCCAGGUGUGGAACCCCCCCUCUGUUAUCUGUAUGGACAGAGCAGAGCCCCCUCUGCUGACCUGGUGUUCCACCUGCAGGUCUGGGAUGGGGAGAGAGGGAAAACACCAGUCCACUGGAGAGGACUGGCAGACCAUACAGGACUCUUGGGUGCAGCUGUUUCAAGGUCGAUGCCUGACUUACUGACUACAGGCGUGUGACUGACAGCUCGGCUCUCGGCGGCAUGCUCUCGCGCUGUCCUGUUGUCAGUCCCUCUGGAGAUGGGUUCUGCGCCAGGCGACCAGAGCAGCAACAGCGGAAAGGAAGAAUCUCUCAUCUUCAGCUGUUCUAGAGGUGUGGGUGUGACCGGUGCCCAACCCAGUGGUCCCCAACCAGAGACAUGAGUGUGGUCCGAGACCCACAGGGGGCGUACAGGGGGGUGGGAGGGGGCGACCAUCUGGGAGGUCUAGGGGUGGGGAUGGGGGUGGACCCCCACAGCCACUUCACAGAGCACGCCCCUCGUCCCCCUGUCCCUGGAGAAGAGGGGGGUGACCGUGACCCCUACCACCUCCCCUCCAGCCAUGGAGGCCGCCCCCCCACCCAGUCCACCUGCUACCCCCCCUCCAAAACAGACCCCGUCUUCCGUAGUAGCGAGUCCCCAUCUUCGGCCACCCCCACCCCCAGGCGGCCGGACCUGGACCUAGGGUACGAGCCUGAGGGCAGCGCCUCCCCCACGCCUCCCUACCUGAAGUGGGCCGAGUCGCUCCACUCUCUCCUGGAUGACCAGGAGGGCAUCCAGCUGUUCAGGGGCUUCCUGAGACAGGAGGGCUGUGGGGACCAGCUUGACUUCUGGUUCGCCUGCUCCGGCUUCAGGAAGAGCAGCCAGGAGAAGAGGCCCAAGCUGGCCAAGGCCAUUUACAGGAAGUAUAUUCAGGAUAGUAACGGCAUCGUGUCGAGGCAGAUUAAACCAGCUACUAAGAGCUUCAUCAGAGACUGUGUGGUCAGACUGCAUCUGGACCCUGCCAUGUUCCAACAGGCCCAGACAGAGAUCCAGAGCACCAUGGAGGAGAACACCUACCCUCUGUUCCUGAAGUCAGACCCCUACCUGGAGUACACCCAGACAGGGGAGGAGAGCCCCAAACCCCCCAGCGACCACAGCUCCUCAUCGGGUACUGGUCCUGGGCCGCUGGGGCCUGGCUACCUGCCCACCCUCACAGAGGACGUAGAGUGGAGGUGCCGGGAGGAAGAGGAGGAGGAGGCGGAAGAGGAGGAGGCGGAAGAGGAGAGCGGGGAUACGCAGGCCAGCAGGCUGACCCAGAGGUUGCUAAUGGAGACGGCUCCUCACAGAGUGUCGACCAAUCGGAGAGCAGGGGAAAGCCGAGAGUACAGACCAUGCAGAGAGCCGGUCGUUAACCCCUACUACUACGUGAACAUGGGUUCUGCUCGCGCCCCGGCAACCAGCGCUAACGACAGUGAACAGCAGAGCAUGUCCAGCGUCUCCGACGGCGACACACUCUCACUGACCGACAGCAGUGUGGAUGGUGUUCCACCCUACCGGUAUCGUAAACAGCAUCGUAGAGAGAUGCAUGAAAGUGCCAAAGCCAACGGACGUGUGCCCCUACCUCAUAUACCUCGUACGUACCGUGUGCCAAAGGAUGUCCACGUUGAGCCGGAGAGGUUUGCUGUUGACCUCAUCAGUCGACUGGAGGAAGUGCUGAGAGAGAGAGAAGCACAGGAGAGACUGGAGGAGAGACUGGAGAGGGUCAGACUGGAGGAGGAGGGCGACGACGCCGACGUCUCCAUGGUAAACUCCCUCCCCCCCUAUGGCAACAAGCCCCUCCCCGCCUCCACCUCGUCCCUCCACCCCCACUACGGGUCCCGUUAUUCAGAGACUUCGUACAACGGUGUUCUGGCGCUACAGGACGCCCACGAGGAGAACCCGGAGUCCAUCUUGGACGAACACGUGCAGAGAGUGAUGAAGACGCCGGGGUGCCAGUCACCAGGCACCGGGAGACACUCACCCAAGACCCGCUCCCCCGACGGGGGGGUAGGAGGGGUAGGGGUGUACCCUCCGCCUCACUCUGGGAGAACCCAGGGGCCUCCAGGGGUGAAAGGCCACAAGCCAGGAGCCAAGGGAGGGGACCCAGUGGGGAUGGGAGCAGCUGUUUACCACCACAAGCAUGGCUACCACCACCCCCCAGGGGGCACCAAGCCCAAAGAGCCCCAGAUGGAUGAGGUGGUGCUGGGUGGAGGCUCCAGGACCCAGGGGAGCGGCCUGUGGAACGGGGAGGCCCACCACUACGCUACCGGGAAGGGACGCAACUACGCAGAUGGGGCUGGGACCAUGGACGCGAUGGGCUAUAGCAGUAAGGGCAGCACCCUAUCGAAGCGUGGCUCUAAGAAGGGGGCGGAGCCGACGGGUAAAGGCGAUGAGGGGCGUGUCCAGGAGGCCCAGGUACCGCUGGAGGACCUGGAGAGAAACCACAAGAUACUGCAGUGGAUGAUGGAGGGGGAGGCACUACGACACAAAAAGAACACACACGGGAGUACCACAGGCUCCAGGAAGACCCAGGGGAGUGUGGAGCUGUUGAGACCCAGCUCUGUGGAGCGUCCUGGGGCAGUGCACCCCUGGGUGAGCGCCCAGCUGCGGAACAACGUGCAGCCCUCCCACCCCUUCAUCCAGGACCCCACCAUGCCCCCCAAUCCCGCACCCAACCCCCUCACUCAGCUAGAGGAGGCCCGGAGGAGACUGGAGGAGGAGAGGAGGAGGGCCGCCCUGCUGCAGGCUAAACAGAGACAGAAGUCUUUAAGCAGUAAGAAACAGGGGUCACAGUGUGAGAACGUGACUGUGGCGUACUACUUCUGUGGCGAGCCAAUCCCCUACCGCACCACGGUCAAAGGUCGCGUGGUGACCCUGGGACAGUUCAAGGAGCUACUCACCAAGAAGGGCUUCUACAGGUUCUACUUUAAGAAGGUGAGUGAUGAGUUUGACUGUGGCGUGGUGUUUGAGGAAGUCAAAGAGGACGACGCCGUCUUGCCCAUCUACGAGGAGAAGAUCAUCGGUAAGGUAGAGAAGGUGGACUGAACCACGAAACAGGAAAUGGAGCCGGGAGGAAGUGGGAAGUGGAGGAGGAACAAUGACGCAGAGAAAAGACUGAACCGGACCGGAGGAAGAGGAGGUGGAGAGAGUGCUUUUGGAUGAGGAGGAGCGGGGGAGUAAAGGAGGGUGGGAAAGGACGAGACAGAAGAAUGGAGGGAGGAACAGGGGGAACAGCCGUUCUGACCAGCCUUCCACUCCUUCUCUGGGGGAGGAGGGAGGAACAGGGGGAACAGCCGUUCCGAACAGUCUUCCACUCCUGCUCUGGAGGAGGAGGGAGGAACAGGGGGAACAGCCGUUCCGAACAGCCUUCCACUCCUGCUCUGGAGGAGGAGGGAGGAACAGGGGGAACAGCCGUUCCGACCAGUCUUCCACUCCUGCUCUGGGGGAGGAGGGAGGAACAGGGGGAACAGCCGUUCCGAACAGUCUUCCACUCCUGCUCUGGGGAAGCUGUUCUCCUUGCAGAACCAGCUGCUGCUAAGUUGCUAUGGAGACGUCACGGUGCUCGGAACAGGAUGACGGCUGAGUUCCAUUCCAGAAUCUCACUCCCUUCAGUCCCUAGACUCGUCGCUGAGGGGGUAGAGGGGAUGAAUGCGGCCCAAAUAGCACCCUAGACCCCGGUGAUCAUCGACUAGAUUCAGCCACAGGCUGGUCAGGGGGCCACAGGCUGGUCAGGAGGCCUGAAUAUAAUUACAUAUCAUUUGUGGACUGCAAAUUGACUACAACAAGCACAAACAGAUAGAAUAUUUGACUAAAACAUAAUCAUUUCAAACCUUGCUUACAUUUGUAUACAAUCACAUAUCUCUCUAUUUAUGCCUGGGAAUACUUUUGGAAUACCGACAUUUAAAAUCAUUUGGAGAUGAACGCCGGUGUUUCUACAAGCUGUUAUGUUUCAAAAUAAAAGCCCUCUGGUCCCUGGUCACUAUAGGGAAUAGGCUGCCGUUUGGGACGCGAUGAGGUGAGGGUUUUUAUCACAGAGCCUUCAUCUCCUCAACACGUGGACAUCAUGAUGACAUCAUAAAGACAUCAUGAUGACAUCAUAAAGACAUCAUGAUGACAUCAUAAAGACAUCAUGAUGACAUCAUAAAGACAUCAUGAUGACAUCAUAAAGACAUCAUGAUGACAUCAUAAAGACAUCAUGAUGACAUCAUGAAGAACCUUCACGCCCCAUCCUCUGAUGUCACCUAGCGAUGUCAAAGCAUUCUGUUCAAACGAACAUGGUUGUAUAAAACUGGUUUACUGCAGCUGUAUAUUUUUGAUACAACGCUACGCCUACGGACAUAAAAAGGAAAAGUCGUCUUUUUACCUGUAGACAUUUAGUAUUUUUUCUGGGUGGGUAAUGUACAGGUACUAGUAGGUUUUAACAUGUGUACAGGCUGGAGUACAGUCCCCAAUGGCACUCUAUUCCCUUUCUAGUGCACUACUUUUAACCAGAACCCUAUGGCCAAUGGCACCCUAUUCCCUUUCUAGUGCACUACUUUUAACCAGAGCCCUAUGGCCAAUGGCACCCUAUUCCCCAGCUAGUGCACUAUGAGGGGGGUGUUAGGGUGUGGGACUCCUUGUGUUUUACUAUGUAAAGGUAUAUAUUGUAAAGCCAGAUGGCUCCUGUAAGGGCUGACAUUUUGUUUUCAGGCCUUCUUCUCCAGGAGACGCUUCAUGUCUAUUAUCCUGUUCAACUGCCUCUGGCUGUUUGUCCCAAAGGGCACCGUAUUCCCUAUAUAGUGUGAUACGUUUUACCAGGGUUCAUGGAGCUCUGGUCAGAAGUAGUGUACUAUAUAGGGUAUAGUGUGCACUUCGGGACAUAGGCUUUUACUUAUGUGCAACCCUAACCCCUUACACCCUAGGUUGAAACCCUAAUCCCUACACCCUAGGUUGAACCCUAACCCCUACACCCUAGGUUGAACCCCUAACCCCUACACCCUAGGUUGAACCCCUAACCCCAGGUUGAACCCUAAUCCCUGCAGCCUAGGUUGAACCCUAAUCCCUACACCCUAGGUUGAACUCUAAACUCUAGGUUGAACCAUAACCCUACAUUCUAGGUUGAACCCUAACCCCCUACACUCUAGGUUGAACCCUAACCCCCUACACCCUAGGUUGAACCCUAAACCCCUACACCCUAGGUUGAACCCUAACCCCCUACACCCUAGGUUGAACCCUAACCCCUUACACCCUAGGUUGAACCCUAACCCCUACACCCUGGGUUGAACCCCUAACCCCAGGUUGAACCCUAACCCCCUACACCCUAGAUUGAACCCUAACCCCUACACCCUAGGUUGAACCCUAACCCCCUACACCCUAGGUUGAACCCCUAACCCCAGGUUGAACCCUAAUCCCUGCAGCCUAGGUUGAAACCCUAACCCCUACACCCGAGGUUGAACCCUAAUCCCUACACCCUAGGUUGAACCCUAAACCCUACAUUCUAGGUUGAACCCUAAACCCUACACUCUAGGUUGACACCCCCCUACACUCUAGGUUGAACCCUAACCCCCUACACCCUAGGUUGAACCCUAACCCCUACACCCUAGGUUGAACCCCUAACCCCAGGUUGAACCCUAACCCCCUACACCCUAGAUUGAACCCUAACCCCCUACACCCUAGGUUGAACCCUAACCCCCUACACCCUAGGUUGAACCCUAACCCCCUACACCCUAGGUUGAACCCUAACCCCUACACCCUAGGUUGAACCCCUAACCCCAGGUUGAACCCUAAUCCCUGCAGCCUAGGUUGGAACCCUAACCCCUACACCCUAGGUUGAACCCUAAUCCCUACACCCUAGGUUGAACCCUAAUCCCUACACCCUAGGUUGAACCCUAAACCCUACAUUCUAGGUUGAACCCUAAACCCUACACUCUAGGUUGACACCCCCCUACACUCUAGGUUGAACCCUAACCCCCUACACUCUAGGUUGAACCCUAACCCCCUACACUCUAGGUUGAACCCUAACCCCCUACACUCUAGGUUGAACCCUAACCCCCUACACCCUAGGUUGAACCCUAACCCCCUACACCCUAGGUUGAACCCUAACCCCCUACACCCUAGGUUGAACCCUAACCCCUAGGUUGAACCCUAACCCCUAGGUUGAACCCCUACACCCUAGGUUGAACCCCUACACCCUAGUUUGAACCCCCACACCCUAGGUUGAACCCCUAACCACUACACCCUAGGUUGAACCCCCCUACACCCUAGGUUGAACCCUAACCCCCUACACCCUAGGUUGAACCCUAACCCCUAGGUUGAACCCCUAACCCCUACACCCUAGGUUGAACCCCUACACCCUAGGUUGAACCCCUACACCCUAGGUUGAACCCCCCUACAUCCUAGGUUGAACCCCCCUACAUCCUAGGUUGAACCCCCCCUACACCCUAGGUUGAACCCCCCUACACCUUAGGUUGAACCCUAACACCCUACACCCUAGGUUUGGAGUGGGGGCUAGGGAUCGGUUUGGAAUUUGAAAACUGUCUGUCGAUCAUUACUGUACUGCAACUCUCCCCAACUUCUCCCCUCAGACACCCAGGGCCUGUAUCUGUUUCAGAUCAAAGCUGCCCCAUAGCAGAGCACAGAUCUGGGAUCAGUUUACCCCUAACUUCUCCUCUCUGUCCCAGGGCCUGUAUCUGUUUCAGAUCAAAGCUGCCCCAUAGCAGAGCACAGAUCUGGGAUCAGUUUACCCCUAACUUCUCCUCUCUGUCCCAGGGCCUGUAUCUGUUUCAGAUCAAAGCUGCCCCAUAGCAGAGCACAGAUCUGGGAUCAGUUUACCCCUAACUUCUCCUCUCUGUCCCAGGGCCUGUAUCUGUUUCAGAUCAAAGCUGCCCCAUAGCAGAGCACAGAUCUGGGAUCAGUUUACCCCUAACCCCGUGUUGUGUCUCAAGUGACACCCUGUUCCCUAUAUAGUGCACUACUUUUCACCAGGUUUCAUAGGGCUGUGGUCAGAAGUAGUGCGCUAUUUAGGGAAUAAGGCGUCACUCUCUGGAGAGGAAACUCUCUUAGGAUCUGUUUUUUACUCCAAGGUUCCUGGACUGUGUGUGUUCUAUGUACUACGUUGUAUUUCUACAAUGAACCGAUCUACGGUGUGUGGAUCUAUGUAAACAGCCAAAGAAAAUCCAUAACCUGUCUAUGUUGUGAUGUCUGUACAUCUCUCAAAAUGCGUCUGUCUGUGUCUCUGUCCGUACAGUUAGUCCCGUCGUGAAAUAUCUUGUUUUAUUGUGUAUCUGUCUGUAUGGCAGAAAUUAACUUGGUUAUCCCAAUUUCCCCCAAUAGUCCAGUCUAUAAUGUGGAGUUAAAUGUAUUGUGGUUUAAAUCAACUUCCGGAGAAACGGUGCCUGAAGGUGACUUGUACUCAGAUCUGGUCCAAGAGGGUAAAUACACAAUAGGACUAUUUCAUCCCAAAGAAUCCAAGAUGGUGACCCACUAUAAAUCCAAGAUGGUGACCCACUAUCUCGUCCUCUGAAUUAUAACGUUUUAGAUGAGAGAAUGUUGUUUCAUGCGACAAUAUCUGUCCAAAUAAUUGGCAAGCAUGUUAUCAUUUUAUAUAAAAUGUAUUUUACGAUUAUACAUUGGAUUAUACCCGAUUUUUAGUUUUAUUUGUAGUUGUAAACUACAUUGCCGCUUUUGAAUGGUAUUUAAUGCUGUGUUAUUGGAAGUAUUGGGGGGGGGUGUCCUGGAUGGCACCCUAUUCUCUAUUUGUACACUACUGGCCUUAAGUAGUGCACUACAUAGAGAAUAGGGUGCCAUUGGCCAUAGGGACCUGGUAAGAAGUAGUGCACUAUAUAGGGAAUAGAGUGCCAUUUGAGACGUCACCCUGGAAUUCUCAUAAAUUAAUGGGAAAAGCUGUAAGGGUCCUUUUUUUUAUAAUGGUAAUUAUUAUAAUGAAGGUAAUUUCCAUUUAACUAAGAUGUUACAGGGUCACUACAGAGUAUGUGGGACUGAUCUACGAUCAGUUUUUGGAAAUGAAUAACAUGACAUUUAUGUCGUUUAGCAGAUGUUCUUAUCCAGAGCCACUUACAGUAGUGAGUGGAAUACAUGUAUUGAUACUGGUCCCCCCCCCCCUCCCAGUGUUGCAAGUGCCAACUGAGCCACACGGGACAUUACAUGGACGGGGGGACGGGGGGGACGGGGGCAGCCUACGGGACAUUACAUGGACGGGGGGGCAGCCUGAUCCUAGAUCCAGCCAACCUAGUCUGAGAAGAUUUCUGAAUACAGGCCCAGAUGUCAGUGGUUGUGGGGUGAAAACUGUGCCUUUUUAAUCCCAUCCUAAAACGGCAAUCACUGAUUGUCAUAAAAACCUGUCAUUACAUGCAUUCGCCUGUAGGUGGUGUUGUUUUUUUAAUCACUGUCAUUUUGUUUAUUAUUUUCAACCAACAUUACGCUGUGUCGGUCUUGACAAGCUCUUCACUAUGUAAAUAUGUACAUUGCCAUAUUUCCUAUGUCUUCUGUCCUCAACCCGCUGACAGACAGUCUCUGAGGUUUAUAAACUACACAGAGAUUGCAGAGCGCUGGAUUCACUUGUACAUUUCUUUUUAAAAAGGUACUUCGUUAAUAAAUACAUUGAAUAAAA